AGAUGUGACUGCUGCCUCAAAGAAGAGAAAAAGAAUUGCAGUUGCGCGCGAGUAUGGACAUCCCUCGCGAUUACACCUUCCUCACCGAUGUUGAGGCGGGCGGUGACGCACAACGAAAGCAAGCAUCCGCCGCGACGAACUUCUCGGCGGCGGAAGAUGCCUCCGGUCCUUUAGUCCCUUUCCGUGCACCACCGAUGCCGAAAACCACCGUGUCGCGCCGCUACGCCUCCCUCGACUACGAUGCAUCCCACAUAACCUCCCAUCACUUGCCGGAGUGGGAGAGGCAGAUGAUAUUGGCGCGACUGCGCAAAACCUCACCGGUGAACACGGAGGAGUUCCAGCGACGUCUGGUAAGCGCAAAUGCGCGUAAUGGGCGCGAUCACGUCCGUCGAGUGUGCGACAACGCCUCCAAAAUAGAGGAGGAACGCAACCUGCAUAUCGAGGUCGAGUAUAUGCGCGAGGAGCAGCGGCGCCAGACUAUCUUAUACAAGCAUCAGCAUGUGCUGGAGAUACGUCGGACAGAGCGGUUUCUCGCACGCGCCAGGAAGUGGUGCACCAUCGUGGUCUGCCACGCCUUCAUCUCUGCCCUCAUGCAGGAGCGUCAAGUGCAGAACGCGCUUGAAACCUUUGGGUUUUUGAUGACUCCAAUGAUCAAAAGAUUCCUGGCCUUGCGCAGGAGACGUGCCGAGGCUGCCGAAUUAACGCAGCGGCACCACCGCGACAUCCCAUUUCCGUAUCCGCAUGUAAUUGAGAGCAUGAGCGGCACGUUCUUCGAAGGCUGGCCUGCAUCUUUGCUGGAGAAGCUGGUAGAAAAAGCAAAGCCCUGUUAUGUUCGCAAAGGAAACUUCCUCAUGCACGAAGGUGAUGUUGGACGCGUCAUGUUCAUGAUCACCACCGGCACCGUGUCGAUUGUUCUGCGCAAGAAGGGCCCCAUAAAGAAGCGCACAAAGGACAACUCCAGCGGUGUCUUUCAGAUGAAGGCUCCUUGCUACGUCGGUGAGUUCGCCGUCGUCUGCAAAGAGCCACGCUCAGCGUCUAUUUUCUGUGAAACCGACGUUGGCUAUUGGGCGGUGCUGCCGGAGGACUAUGAAGCGGUCGCCAAACUCCUCAGCGCUGACGUUGCCAGCAAGCAGCGAGAGGCCACCGAUGUCCGACGACGACAAAACCUUCAGCGCUUUUUCCCAUUGCAUGUCGACUUUCUGCGCAAGUUCUUUUACUUUGAGAGAUUUAGUGACGAGGGUCUCGCGAAGCUGAUCGACAACGUGGAGCCGAUCGUGCUGCACAACGGGGACUACCUCUUCAAAGAGGGCGAGUUAGAUUCCUCGGCAUACUUUCUGCAGGACGGCGUUGCCGUGAUGCGGGACCACGACGGCAAGGACACGAGGGUGUCCAAGGGUAGCUGCAUCGGCGUGUUCGAGUGCUGCUGCGGCGUCAACGAGGCAAAGCGGACGUCGGUGGUCAGCGUCAACUACUCCGACAUCUGGCGCUUAAAGCGAGAGGUGCUGACUGAAGUUGGGAUGAGUGAGCCGGCGGCGCUGAUACACUGCCGCAACGCCGCGAAGAAGGACCGCGCGUCGCAGAUACCGUUGGACAAGUCGGUGUCGUGGUUCUUCAAGAAGGACCCGUACAUGAUGUUCUGCUGCCCCACAAACGUCCUCACUCGGCUCUUCGAGGCGGGCACCCCCACCGUGUUCCUCAACGGCGAACGGCUUGCCUUGAUGGGUCAAAACCUCAACGCCCUCGUGUUUGUCGUGAAUGGGCUGCUGGACGUCACCAUGGCACGAAGUGGCUCGCAAGUCACGUUCCGGGUCUCCGUCACGUCGAAGAGCCUUAACGAGGCGGCGUUGAUGGGGUCGUAUGCGUCGUUUCGCGGUCUCUCACGCGUCAUCGGUGCCUACGAGUAUGCCUUUUGCCUGACGCAGUACGUCUGCACCGUCAGCAGCUUUGGUCUCACGGAGGCCGUCCUGAUAGAUCGCACGCAGGUGGACGCAAUCAUGCCGUCGCAGCUGCGGAGCUUUAUGCACAACGACGAGCGAGCAAAGGAAACGGUGCGUCGCGCAUAUAAGCAGCAAAAUGCUGGCCUGCUCUACAACGAGCAACAAUUUAGCUUCCUUCAUGAUUAUAAAGAGUUGAAGUGA